AUGACGAAAAAGCGCAAGAGAUACCCAGAUCUGAACCAGAAGCUAGAGCAGCGACCAUGGUGUUACUACUGCGAACGCGACUUCGACGAUCUUAAGAUUCUCAUCUCUCACCAGAAAGCCAAACAUUUCAAAUGCGAUCGCUGCGGACGACGGUUGAACACAGCCGGAGGUCUCUCUGUGCAUAUGAACCAAGUCCACAAGGAAACGCUCACACAUGUCGAGAAUGCCAAUCCGGGUCGACAAGGUCUGGAGCUUGAGAUCUUUGGUAUGGAGGGUGUACCAGCAGAGAUAAUCGACCAGCACAACCAGCAGGUCACACAAGCACAUUUCGCCGAGGAACAAGAGCGUGCGCGCUUGACAGGAAACCCGAUGCGCGGAGCUUAUGUGAAUGGACAAGCGGCGCCGAACAAGAGGCCGAAGAUCAACGAGAGCUUGGAGGAGAUUGAGGAGAGAGCGGCCAAAUUCAGGGAGGACCGGAAGAAUGGUGUACUUCCAACGCCCGUGGAGCCGGCACCUACAGCUACACCACCAGUUGUUCAAUCACCGUAUGGUGUACCGCCCCCAGGCGCACCCGCGGCUUUCCCUCCUGGCGCUGCAUUCCCUCCCCAAGCCGUUCCUCAACCCUUUUCACCGGCCAAUGGCGGCAUCCCUCCACGGCCAGGCAGCAUACCGGGCCAGCCUGGAGCGUUACCUCCCCGACCUGGAUUCGGUGCACCUCCGCCUGGCGCAAUUCCUCCCGGCCAGAACGGCGAAAUAUUCAAUUCUGUUGACGAACUCAUCAACCAGGUCACAAAAGCAGCUGCGACAAAGGAAGAGAAGAAGAGCAAAAAGGACAAGAACCAACGACUCAUCUUCUCGGACGAUUUCAUUAGUCCAGAAGAAAAGAUGGCUGCCCUGUCCAGGUUCUCCGACUUCAUGCGGACGUAG